UGAUUUCUUUUCUAAUGUAAAAGUGGGAUCAUUGCAUUAGGGCCGUCACCAUGGUGAGGCGUUGAUGGUGUAACGCCCACUUGAAAAAAUUUCCGUUUCAAAACAAGAACUUUUGCCAUGUAGUGCUGCUUUGUUUUCAGCGAAUGAGGGUUUGCUCACCCAUUUUGUCGGCAAAUGGGACCCAAGCACUCACCCCCUACCCCUCCAUUGGCGUAAUAGCUAGUUCUCCGACUUAACCAUUGCACAAAAAUUAUCUUCCCAUACUUUAAAAAGAUGGAUGUAGAUGAUGGAUGUAGAUGAUGAACUGGCUUUUCCAAUAAACAUACAUAUUUCAUUAGCCAACUUGUCAUCGUAAAGCGCUUGACAUAAAUUCCAUUUGAGAAAACAAUCAAUCAAAGAAACGUUUCCUAAGACUUAAAGGAUCAACAAUUUCAUCAUUUAUAGGCACUGGAAAUCCCAACUCCAAUCCUCCAUGAAGUCAUUAAUGCAUUACGAGAUAUAAUGAAGUGCAAGUCACCAGCAGUAAAAUUUGCUGCUGUCAAGACGGCUGUGGAGUUAGCAGAAAUGGCUGGCGAUCAAUGUGAUACAGUCCUCACAGAUUUGAUCAGCAUGCUUGAUGACCCAGCAAAGAUAGUGCGGGAAGAGGCAAAGAAAGGACUUUUAUCUUUAGCAGGAAUAAAUGACUUUAACACACUUCAAAGCGUGGCUACACGAGUAUCAGCUUUAAAAAGGGGCCCCACUUUAAAAAAAGAUGAUGAAAAUCUUAACGACUUGAGAGAGUGGACAGACACUUACUCAAAAAAGACAGAGGCAUCUGGGAUUUCGAAUCGCAAUGUAACGGACUGGUUGAUCGGCUCGCAGCCUAAACCGCUGAAGGACGAUCUAUUUGAAGAAGGGUCUUGCGAAGAAACUAUCGACAAAGAAUGUGCUGUCUCACAAGAAAAAGUGAACGAAGUUAAAAGCAUCGAAGAAAAGGCUACAGACUCCCCGAAUUACAUAGAACUCAUUGCACCGAGAUUGGCAAAGAAAUUUCAGCAGUUAACUGUAGAUUCAAAUUCAGAUUGUUCAUCUCUUGAAAAGAUUAGUGAAGAAGAAUGUGACAUGAAAGAAAUUCUGCUAAGACUUGACGAUUUCUCGACCAACAGCAAUGUUUCCUUUGAAGAAGAAGAUAGUCCUUCUCCAACUCAAUGCACAGAAAGCAACGUGUUGAAUGAAACUCCAAACAACACUGGGCCAACAGGAAUUCGAAAAGUGAAAAUUGUAAAGAAAGUUAAGGAAGUAAAGAAGGGGAAGAAGCUACCACAUCAUAAAAAACAGGAGCUCGUGUCUGCAUUACUUGAAGCUUCCACCUACAUGCUUUUGACAAAAAGAGCUUUCAAAGACCAGAACAGGGAACCUAAUGACGAGAUUGCUUUAAAAAAACUGACAUUGAUCUUAAAGAACUUAGUUAUCAGAGAGGACUCGAAAAUUGUUCCUGUUGCUGACCAAGUGCUUCAGUUUCUUAAGAAGUUUAAAGACAAAAUGCAAAGCGAUGUCCUCAAGCUGACCCUUGAAGGAGUUUUACCAAGUAGAAAGAACCUUGACUGCAAUGGCACACAAAAGGAUCCCACAGACACAAUUAUUUCUCAACCGGUUCUUCAUCAUCGACACCUAAUUCCAAGCCCAAUAUCACGUGUUUUAGUUCCAGGAAUUCGAGGGGAAAGAAUAGCCAAUGCUAUUGAAUUUUCACAUGGUUUUCCGUCCACCCAGGCGUUGCCAAGGGAGCACCAGAUUCUCGGAAUACCAGAAAGACUUGGCAAUGUUGCAAUUGCUGAUUCUGGCUUUUGUCAGUUCGGAAAGAUGAAAUUGUCAUGGACCUCCAGGGCACCUUGCUAUGACAUGGAUUUAAAAGCAUUGAAUGAACAGCGAAUCAAGCCACUGCUCAUUCCUCAAAGGACUCUUCCCGAUGAGGCAGAGAUUUACGACAAAAGAGUAACAAGCAAUUCAAUACUACCUCUGCUUUUUAAGCAAAGGAUGAACACAUCAACUCAGCAAAUCAGAAGAACAAUUGCUAGAAACAGCCAACCCAGGAAGAAGAUGAGACGCAACGUUAUUCGUCUGCCUCGCAUCUCGUUUGAAAAAGAGAAAGGACAAAGACCUGAGAGUGUUGCUAGCAUUUGCUCUGAUGUCAUGGAAUUCAAUUCAUCAAAAGCAACGUCAAACCCACCACCCCCUCCCAAUACUGCAGAACUUAGGUUAUAGGACUCGAAAGGCUGAAGAUGUAAAAUAUUUAAGAAUGCCUAUAGAUGUCACAAGCAGAUAGUAAAUAAGAGCGUACUGUUCUUAUAACGAUCUUGUGAUUUUCAGGAAAUUUUAUUUUCAUAACAUUAUGACAAAAAGUAGAUAUAACAAUUCGAUGGAGAUGUGAAAAUGUUGCGUAGUCUAACAAUGAUAAAUAUGCAAUUUAAUACUCCUUUUUCAGUAAUG